GCACUUUUUACGACAAGUGGGAUGGGCUGUUCCGGCUGUUCGGCAUUCAUCCAAGCUCUUGCCUAAAACGGACGCCAUUAACGUCAACGAAACCGAAUUCCAAGCCGACUUUCUCUCGAAUUUGAGUAGGUGUUAUCUGAGGAGAGAUGGGUGACAGCGACGACGAGUACGACCGGAAGCGACGGGACAAGUUCCGGGGCGAGCGCACCGAACGCUCUUCAGGCGAUUUUCGCGAGGGCGGCAGAGGUGGCGGCGAGCGACGCGGGCCGUCCAACAGGGACGACUGGGGCGAUAAUUCGCAGCGAAAAACGGACCCUUUCGAGGCCCAGCGUUUCAAAGAGGGCAGGGCUCACUUUCAUAAUCAAAACAAUGACAACUGGCAAGGUGGUCGAAGCCGUGGCCCUCCUAGUUAUAACGAAUAUCGGCCCUCUGGGGGUCGAGGGGGUAGCGGAGGCGGGGGCGGGGGUGGGCGCGGAGAGCGCUUUAGCCCGCCGUCCCGUUACGAUAUGAACCAGCCUCCGAUGAAGAGGAGCAGAACGGACUGGGGAGAGGAGAGGCGUUACGUGCCGGACUCAGGGUAUGGCGGCUACCAAAACAACCCCUGGGGACCGAGCAACCAGGACAGCCACUUUUCGCACCACGGAGGAAAUCAGAGAGACACGGACGGGCUGACGCAACCGCCGAUGAUGUCAUUCAAGGCGUUUCUGCAGACGCAGGACGACAACAUUUCGGACGAGGAGGCGAUCCAGAAGUUCAACGAGUACAAGCUCGAGUUCAAGCGGCAGCAGCUGAACGACUUUUUUGUCAACCACAAAGACGAGGAGUGGUUCAAGAUCAAGUACCAUCCUGAGGAGUCGGUCAAGAGGAAGGAUGAGCUCCAGUCAGCCCUAAAUAAUCGGGUGAAAGUGUUUUUGGAUUGUUUGGACAAGGACUGGUUUGCGAAGGUGUCCGUGGACAGCGAGCAGUCGGAGCAGCUGGUCAAACUGCUGGACUCGAUCGUAAUCAAGCUGGAGGGCGGCACUGAUCUCGACCUCAAAGUGCUGGACGAGGUCGAGGUCGCCCGCGAGCAGGACAGGAGGAAAAGCGAAACUAAUAAGGUGGAAUCGCAGAGGAGGAAGUCAGACGACAAGGAAAAAAGCAAGGACAAAGAGACGCCUGAAGUAACCGAGGAGGCGAAAGAGGAUAAAAAAGAUGAUGCUAAAGAGAAAGAGGUGGAGGAAGAAGAAGAGGAGGAGAAGAAGGAGCCUGAAGAUGAGAAGGAGAAAAAGGAAGUGGCUGCUGAGGAAAAGCCAAGCAGAAAGCGAAAAAGGGAGUACAACUCAGACAGCGGCAGCGAAAGCGAAAAUGACGAUGCUUCUUCCGUACAUUCCGGUGACAAAUCAAAAAACACCUCAAUGGAGGACGCAGACAAGAUGGAAAGCCCGGCCAAGAACGGCAAAGAGGGCAAGGAGAGCGACGGUGAGGCCGACACUGACAAGGCCGAUGAGGACAAGUCCGAGAAGCAGAAGGAGGAGCCCCAGGAAGAGGUGUUGCGGCCGCGCUGCCUGCACAAGACGUCCUCUAUCUUCCUGCGCAACCUCGCGCCCACCAUCACCAAGCAGGAAGUUGAAGCUAUGUGCAAGCGUUACCCUGGCUUCCUCCGAGUAGCAAUCGCUGACCCGCAGCACGACCGGCGCUGGUUCCGCAGAGGCUGGGUUACCUUUGAGCGUUAUGUCAACAUCAAGGAAAUCUGCUGGAAUUUGAACAACAUUCGGCUUCGUGACUGCGAAUUAGGCGCCAUUGUGAACAGGGACCUGAGCCGCAGGGUGCGCACGGUGAACGGAAUCACCUCUCACAAGCAGGUGGUGCGCAAUGACAUCAAGGUGGCAGCUAAGAUCAUCCAGAAUUUGGACAAGAAGGCCAAUCUGUGGCUGGACGAGAACGAGAAGAGCGUCUCCUCAGACAUGCCGACUUUUGGCUUGAUGUCGAAGAAUCCGGUGAUGAAAAACAUCACUGACUACCUGAUCGAGGAGGCGUCUGCUGAGGAGGAGGAACUGCUGGGCCAGUCUGGCGACGGCGAAACAGGCUCUGGCGAGGGUGACGAGGCAACCUGCACCAUCGACCGGGACGAGCAACUGCUGGCUGUGCUCGACCGGCUGCUUUUCUACUUGCGCGUCGUCCACUCGGUCGACUAUUACAACCACUGCGAGUAUCCCAAUGAGGACGAGAUGCCCAACCGUUGCGGCAUCAUGCACGCCAGAGGCACGCCACCUUCGUCAAAGGUGACGCAGCAAGAGAUUGGUGACUACUGCCAAACUUUUGAAUCCAAGAUCGCAUCAUUCCUGCAGCCUGUGGUCAAGUUAACGGACGAGGAGUUGACUAAGCUAGGCUCCAAAGCCCCCGAAACUGAAGUGGAAAAAUUCGUCGUGUCCAACACGCAGGAGCUGUCCAAGGACAAGUGGUUGUGCCCGCUGUCGGGCAAGAAGUUCAAGGGCCCUGAGUUCGUGCGUAAACACAUUUUCAACAAACACGCUGAGAAGAUCGAUGAAGUGAAGAAGGAGGUGGAGUAUUUCAACAACUACUUGAAGGAUCCAAAGCGGCCACAGCUGCCUGAGCACCCAGGCAACCGCUCCCAAAAAAGGGAGCACCCAGGCGACCGGGAGGCCUUCGGCGGCGGCCCAGGUGGACCUAUGCCCCCGCGGUUUGGCGGUGGCUUUUAUGGCGGCUACGGAGGUGGCAACCGCAACUUUGGAGGCGGCGGAGGCGGCUUCCGUGAACCAUAUCGCGAAGCUUACUCGCGGCCGCCGCGUGGCCACUUCAACCGCGGCGGAGGUAACAGGGUUGGCCCAGUGGAUGUUAUUGGUAGACCAGUCAUUGAGUAUCAGGACCUUGACUUUAACGAAGACAAGGAGUUCUUCUAAUUACUGUCAAAAUUCUGCCCGUUUGCCGUUUUUACUCCCGAAACGUUGCUAAUGUUGAGUGCAAUUAUUCGUCUAUGCUAAACACGAGGCAACUGUUUGGUUGGUUGCAGAGGGGGCGACUACCGUCCCGUCAUCAACUACAGAGACCUGGACGCCCCUCGUGAACCAGAAGAGUUUUAAAUUGUUAAUUUGCAACCGCUUUCGGCAUGAUAUAAAUUUGUUAGUUGUAAUGAUUAUUAUUUUGAAUGAUUUCGUCUCUUUCAAGAAGGGCGACGAACUUACGAAAAGAGUAUUUAAAAAUAUAAUUGACGCUUCUCUGUAUUUCCCUUUUGAGCAUAAUGUUGUAAACUCCAUCAAUCAUGUGUGCAAAAGGAAAACAAUAAAAUAUAAUAAAAGUGUUUUAGAAAUUGACUCUUGAAUA